UCAGAAAAAGCUUUCAAUGGGAUUCCCAACAUGAAUUUAUCAGACUGUGCUAUGUGUGGGAUCACCUUCGUAAAAGGGGCGAAGGGUUAUGGUCGGAUUAGACUAAGGAGAUGUACUACCCUGGGAAUAGCCCAGAAAUUCUGUCGAGGGCCUGUGUGUUUGGACAAUUUUGUGUGCCGAAAAUGCGAGCGCUUCAUGAAGAAAACAAAGAAGCAAAAAAGUUUUUUGAUAGCUAAGAAAAAACUUUUGAAAAAUGGGGCUCAUUCAAAAGGUUUACAAUUACCUGUUUGCUCCCCAUCGCAAAAUUCUGAUAGUGGAGUCCAACAGAAACCUUGCGCUCAGGAAAAUGAGGGAAGAGAUAAAAUCGAAUCACCCACAAGCGCGGUUCCCAUGGAGACUGGUCCUGAGGUUCAAGAUUGGGAUGAUAUGGAAGGAGAAGAAACCCAGAAAUCACAGAGUUCAAGUCGAUCCUUGCCAAUAGAUAAAGUCAUUGCCUACCUGACGGAGUACAAAUAUCUGAUCGGGCUCAGGGCUCUCAGUAAGGUUUCUGCAACAGCCAAGCAAGCACUGAUAACUGUAGUGGCAGAAAUAAUAAAAAACGAGAUAAAAUCACAACCAAAGAUCAAGGCAUUUCAGCAACGUAUCAGCCACUCUGCAGUCUCUUCAUUUUCCUGGGUAAAAGCGAUGGAGGAGGCUCAGGAGAGCUUACCAGCCACAGUCCAAUGUAUCUGGGCUAUGCUACCACUCAAAAAGAAAAGAAAAUAUGAUAGUGAUGUUGCUCGAAAGGCUGUCCAAAUGCUGAACAUUGCCCUCUACACUAGAUCCCGCAACUACAAGUUUGUACCAUCGUCUGUUGCUUUAGAACUCUUCAAACUACAAGCAAGCAAGAAGGUUAUCAGUACAUUUAACCACAUUGCGAUAUCCCAGAGCAAGUGUGCAAUCAAGGGCAAUCUCAAUGCCAUUAGAAAAGAACAUGAACAGGAACUUCUGAACUGGAAAGAGUCUCAGGAAAAAAUGCAAGCUGAUCAAGGAUCGCAAGACGGCCAAAGGCAUGAUAGUUAUGGCUUUGGCUACAGCCGUGUCCAACUUGGAAGUGAAGCAAAUGCAGCAGGCCACUCAAACACACAAACUAUCUGUUUUGCAGUCAAAGAUCGUGCUUAUAAGAAGCCUGUGAAAAGACAUAUUUUAGCCGGGAGAGCAACCAAGGUGCAAGUGCCGGCUGCCGAACUUGAUCCCUAUACGUUUCUCCCGUCCCCUGAGGUCUUCGAGCGCAGAAGAUCGAGGGCUGUAUUCCUGGUCAAGCACCUCAUCACCAAGCACCUGACGAAAGUCCAGCAUCUGAAGGAGAUGAUGCCUUCCAGGAUCCUUCACAGCCACACCAAAGAAAUGGAUGAGAAGUCUCAAUGCGUUACACUUGGCGUAGUUGAUGCUAACCCAGGCUCCAAACAGGGUAUGAUAUCUGUCCUUGAACGUUUGCAGAACUAUAUGCCUGUGAAGGAAGGUAAGCCGACACCAUGCUUACUGAGUGGGGACAUUGAGCCCAUUCUUCAUGCGCAGAGGCAUGCCUGCAGUGAAGGAGAAGACGGGGAUGGUCGCUUUGUUCCCAUAUUUGCCUGCCCUCAAGAAUAUCAAAAGGAACUUCUCCAUGUACAAGAAUCAAAUAAAAGGUUCUUCAAAGCAUCCAGUAUAACUGAUAGAGGGACGAUCGCCCAGCUGCGGAACCAGUUUAAUCUCAGAUUAUUCAAGAACGAGACCAAUGAAAGAUAUCAGCAUGCAUGGGAUAUGUACGAGUUUGUGACAGAAUCACACAUCCUAUUGUGUGCAAUGAAAUUGUGUGGAGUGACGUCACUUGAAGAUGAACCGGAAGGACUGCCAAGCAAUGAGAAUGAUGCAAAGCAACUCGAGUGGUUGACUAACCUUGCACAUCGAGUGGUGGACUUCUGCUGGUCUCCUCCAGAAAGAGAAGAUGUACACGUAGCUGCCGCAUCAUAUGACAAAAAACUGAAAGACGUUGCGGAAAAAGCCCUUCGAUACUGUCGUUGCAACGCUCGUGAGAAGUCAGAUGACAUGGUCUUGUGCUGCGCCAGAACAUGCAAGCAUUCCUGGUUCCACUUAGACUGUUUGGGACUGAAAAAGGCUCCGGACUCGGAAGAUGACUGGUACUGCUCCAAGAAAUGUCAAAAGAGCGCAUCCUACAUCUACUGUUUCUGUCACACGAAGCAACCGGUGGGGGUGAAUAUGGUCCAGUGUCACCUAGCGGAGCAGUGUAAGAAGUAUGUGUGGUACCACCAAGAUUGUGUGUCUACUAGCACGGAUGCUCCCUUACCAGACACAUGGUACUGUUCUGAGGAAUGUGCGCUUGAAGCUGAAAAUGAUGACCAUGUGCUGAACCACACCAAGGCUCUUAUGUAUGAAGGUCUAUGUCAUCUUAUCAGACGUCAAGCCGUUAGUGAGGGUAACGGACCGGCCAUGGUGGAUGACUGGAAGGCUGAUAUGCUCAACUUCCAUGAGUGGGGUCAUUGGGAGUAUCUUGCUACUGGGCAUUAUUUUCUUGCAUGUGUUGAAGGGUUUGCUGAUCCAGAACUUCAAUUCAGCUUCCUUUGGAACAGAGUUGCGAACCCCAAAGGCACGCCGGGAGGAAACGUUGGAUUGGACGCUGUGCAUGAAUGUGUGAAUUUGGACAAUGCCGGAGUAGUUAAACCUCCUGGAGGGAGUAUUACCCCAGACCUGCUUGCGAGAUAUGCUCAACUGAAAGGGCCAUUUGGAAGAGAUCUUGGUACCCUCUUUGCAAUGUCAGGCCCUGCGGAAGAAAGAUCAAAGAAUGCUAAGACUGACUGCUAUAACCAGGGCAUCCAGCGUUUCACCAAGGAGUACCAGUCUGAUGCCCUUUUUGACUACAUUCCAGGAAGGGAGCACGCAGGCUUUGGUGUCUUUGAAAACAGUUGUCAAGUGGAGAAUCCCAAGCAGUUAGGACGAAAGUUGCAGAGUCUUUCAGCUGAAUUGGACUUGUGGAAAAGUGUUACUACAUCGUGCAGGGAAACGUGAACAAUGCCCUCUUUGACUACAUUCCAGGAAGGAUGCACUCUGCCUUUUGUGUCUUUGAAAACAGUUGUCAAGUGGAGAAUCCCAAGCAGUUAGGACGAAAGUUGCAGAGUCUUUCAGCUGAAUUGGACGUGUGGAAAAGUGUUACUACAUCGUGCAGGGAAACGUGAACAAUGCCCUCUUUAACUACAUUCCAGGAAGGAUGCACUCUGCCUUUUGUGUCUUUGAAAACAGUUGUCAAGUGGAGAAUCCCAAGCAGUUAGGACGAAAGUUGCAGAGUCUUUCAGCUGAAUUGGACGUGUGGAAAAGUGUUACUACAUCGUGCAGGGAAACGUGAACAAUGCCCUCUUUGACUACAUUCCAGGAAGGAUGCACUCUGCCUUUUGUGUCUUUGAAAACAGUUGUCAAGUGGAGAAUCCCAAGCAGUUAGGACGAAAGUUGCAGAGUCUUUCAGCUGAAUUGGACAUGUGGAAAAGUGUUACUAAAUCAUGCAGGGAAACGUAAAGUUAGCCAAGAUGUGAGCCAUGGGUUGAUUUGACAGUAAAAAAAAACUUAUGCCAAGGGUUUAAUUUAGAUACCUUGUCAAAAUUUCAGAGCUGUGUCUUUCCUGAAGGAAUCCCACAAGUGGCUCUUCAUUACCACCCAUUCUCACAUUUCAUUGUUCUCCUAGUCGAAAUGCUGGAAAGUUGCUAUUGAAAGACUCAUGGGCCCGUAUUCUGAAGUCGGGUUGAACUUAACUCAGGUUUAAAGUUGUGGUUUAAGUAUGGAUAGCCAAU